AUGUCGUCAGAUGCAGGAACAGCUGGGACUUCCAAUUCCGUGGCACCAGCAGCCGCGCAAUCCGGCGGAGGAAACAACUCGAGCCAACAUGUGGUGAUCUCCGAGGCACGUCAGCCAUUCCGUGCCGUGAACGAAGACCUGUUCACACCCUUGAGCGUGCCGAUCGGACCCUACCAUCGUGCUAGUUGCUCAGAUAGAUGGAAGCAAGAGAAGAAGCGCGUGGCCGAGGAGACCGUGAAGUAUCUCCAGGAUUCGCGUGGCCAGGAAGCAGCGUAUCAGCUCGAGGAGAAGGUUGGGCAGCUGGUGGAGGAUGUGAGGGGGUGUUACGGCGGUUUGCCCGACAUGAAAUCCGAGGAGUUGGUCAGCAUGCUGCUGCAUGAUGGGUGCUACGUGCUCAAGUUCUUCGUACAAUACCCUGGACAUCCGGAUGUCAGUCCGCCCAGAGGCGAGGACAACACGGUGAUGCGCGACAUCAUGUACCUCCUUGAGAACCAGUUGCCUAUGAUCGUCCUUAAACGGAUCCAUCAGUGCCUGGUGCCUGAGAGAUCCGUCGUCAACGACGUAGAAGACCGUGUUCUGGGACUGCUGAGUGCACAGCUCUACAUCAGAGGAGUAAAGAAGCCGCGGCAGGCGGUGUCUUCUCACCUCCUGGAACUGGUGCACACCUACUUCCAGCCACGAUUGGACCACUCUUCCAUUUCCGUAGAUUCUGCUGAACAAUCGGAAUCUCACCAGCAGAGAAGUGCAACUAGAAACAAUGUUCAGAAUGACGCUGAAGUCACGGGUAAUACGCGCCGUUGCAUGGGGCGGUGGCGCCGGGCGACAGAGUACAGCAGGUACGGCGACGUGCAGCUCAAGCGUCAGGAGUUCGCGGCCGGUGUGGUGGAAUCCAUUCUUGACGUGAGUCUUGAAGGAAGGACGCUGUUGAUCCCACGCCUGCGGAUUGUUAGCAGCACUUGGACGAUCCUACGCAAUCUGAUGGCGCUAGAGGAGCAGACAGGCGGAGACGGGAGCCCCGUCACAGCCUACUGCCUGUUCAUGUCGCAGCUGGCGUCUAAGGUGGAGGACAUUGAGCUCCUGAAGCGCAAAGAGAUCGUCGAUCACUAUUGGGGUAACGACGAGGAGGUCGCACAAGGCUUCGCCGACCUCUGCAAGAAGGUGGUCUUGGACGUCGACGACGUCGACAGUAACUACCUAGGCCACAUAUGGCACCGGCUGCAUGAGCGCUGCGAGAGCCUGGGGCACAACUGCUUGGGAUCAUUCCGCCAAAGGCACUGCGGCGACUCCAUGCGCAUCCUUGCAUUCGUCACCGCUGGCUUACUGUUUGCUUUUCAGCUGAUUCAGGUCAUCCUUACCGGUUUCUCCUUACGACAACAAGGCAAGUAA